GCACUCGCCGCCGCCGCCCUGAAGCCCGGGAGACGAUGGCGACCGACUCGUGGGCUCUGGCUGUGGAUCUGCAGGAGUCGUCGGCGGCCGAGUCGCUGAGCUCCCUUUCCCUGAAGGAGGAUCGAAAUGGUGAAGCUAAAGAAGCUGCGGUCCCUUCGGAGACCCCACAAGCGCCAGCACCUGUCAAAUUGGAUAAAACCGAUAAACCAGAGAAGCUCGAUAAACCUGACAAAGGUGGGGAUGCUGUGGACAAGCAAGAAGAUGACGAUAAAGAGGAUAAAGCUGCCCAGUCGCUGUUGAAUAAGUUGAUCCGUAAUAACCUGGUUCAGUCAACACAUCAGGUUGAAGUGCUCCAGAGAGACCCGAAUUCCCCUCUAUACUCUGUGAAGUCUUUUGAGGAACUGCAUUUGAAGCCAGAACUUCUGCAAGGAGUGUACGGAAUGGGAUUCAACAGACCCUCGAAGAUCCAGGAGACCGCUUUGCCCAUGAUGUUGGCAGAACCCCCGCAGAAUCUGAUCGCUCAGUCACAGUCGGGGACCGGCAAGACAGCUGCCUUCGUCCUAGCCAUGCUCAGCCGGGUGGAUCCCUCGCAAAAGCACCCGCAGUGUUUAUGCCUCUCUCCGACUUAUGAGCUGGCUCUGCAGACAGGGCAGGUCAUUGAGCUGAUGGGGAAGCAGAGUCCCGAUAUCAAACUGGCGUACGCAGUACGGGGCAACAGACUCGAGAAGGGUCAGCGGAUUUCAGAGCAGAUUGUUAUCGGCACUCCCGGCACGGUCAUGGACUGGUGCACAAAGUUGCGCUUCAUCGACACCAAGAACAUCAAAGUGUUUGUCCUGGACGAGGCUGAUGUCAUGAUUGCAACCCAAGGUCACCAAGACCAGAGCAUUAGAAUUCAAAGAUCGCUACCGCCUGGCUGCCAGAUGCUGCUGUUCUCGGCUACGUUCGAAGAGUCCGUGUGGAAAUUUGCCCAGAAGGUUGUCCCCGAACACAACCUUAUUAAGCUGAAGCGCGAGGAGGAGACAUUGGACACCAUUAAGCAGUAUUAUGUCCUGUGUAACAACAAGGAGGAGAAAUACCAGGCUCUUUGCAACAUCUAUGGAGCCAUUACCAUUGCACAGGCCAUGAUCUUCUGUCACACCCGUAAGACUGCUGGUUGGUUGGCAGCGGAACUGUCCAAGGAGGGACACCAGGUGGCGCUUCUCAGUGGCGAGAUGAUGGUUGAACAGCGAGCUGCUGUGAUCCAGCGCUUCCGAGAGGGCAAGGAGAAAGUGCUGGUGACAACCAAUGUCUGUGCGAGAGGUAUUGACGUUGAGCAAGUGUCCGUGGUCAUCAACUUUGACCUUCCCGUGGAUAAAGACGGCAACCCAGACUGUGAGACGUAUCUGCACCGGAUUGGUCGGACGGGCCGUUUUGGCAAGCGGGGACUGGCUAUUAACAUGGUGGAAAGCAAACACAGCAUGAACAUCCUCAACCGAAUCCAGGACCACUUCAACAAGAAAGUAGAAAAGCUCGAUACAGAUGACCUUGACGAGAUUGAGAAGAUCACCAAUUGAGAACCCGAACCAGUUUGAAACCUUUUUCAACCCUGUGAGAUACACUCUGUCUGCUGCAAAUUGGACUUUUGGACUGGGAUUCCAAUUGGUUUAUUCUGCAGCCAAUCUUUUGAGAAUAGACUGACUGAAUCAAAUUAUAUUCGGUUUACCUCAUUUAAAACUUUGCAGUUGGGCUGUAACAUUUUGUAUUUUUUUCCUCCAAGGAGUGAAUAAUAAAAUUAAAACAAAGUCAGGAAAAUGUUUACACUUGAAAACAUUCAAACAUAUUUUUAAAAAGUUUGUCUUAGUUAUUAGCCUUAACGAGAAGCCAGAAGUACUGAUUGAAUAUUCAGGUUUGAAUUUUAAUUGCCAAAAGACUAGGGGUAAAUGAUGCAGGGUCUUUUUUUUUAAGUAUUAAAAAAAUCUGAGCAGGAAAGAUUUCGGGGUUAAUAGUGUCAACUAGGGACUUAGAAGAUUCAAAUCUGCUGUGAGAUGGAAUGGUUACUGAAAGCUGUUAGCGCAAGGUUAAAAACAAUAACAAAAAAAUCACACUUGUUUAGUUGUAUGAAUCAGAGUACUAUUUGCCUGUUGUGGUACUUCUGUCACUCACCUAGAGCUAGUUGUGUGGAGAAUAAGCUAAGCUUACUUUGGCGUAUCACGUAUGCAUGAUUUUAUUCCUAGCUAGUUUACGUCUGGACAUAAGGAAGUUCAUUUUUAUCUGGUUGCUCUGGCCGCCCUAGCCUUUUGAGGUGCAGUUCAGUAAUAGGUACCUUCCGGCCUAUCGUUUUCAGCAUUGUUAAAAAGGAGACUGACUGAAAUGCUGCACGACAAGCAAAAUAUCCCACCUUGAAACAAUCCUGUUCUGUAUCCAAGUCACUUUAAGGAUGGAGCAGUAGAUUAAAAAAAAAGUUAGAGUAUCCCAAGCAGUUUAACCACAACCAAGUAGUAUUGCCAGUCAGCUAAGAAACUUAAAACCUCAGUGUGCUGUCAGCUGACGAUCUAACACACGUGAAAACACAUCAGCAUGCUUAAGAGUCUCCAAACCAAAACCUUACACUAUCUGUGUUGUUCACCCGUUUAUUUAAAGCACCUUUGUUUAACAAGUAGUUGACAUUCCUUUGAAAUGCGUUGAUAUGCUCAGCAGUGUUAAGCCAUUCCACAAAACUGAAUGUAUUCCUUUAAAAUGUGGAUUGUGAGAAAAAUAAUGUUUUUGUUUCUUACCUGAAACCCGGCAACCAGAUGGAAUAAUUUUCUUGUGAAAGUGAUUUUUUUUUUUCUUUUCUAUCCUUUCUGUUCCUUUCCCCCGUCUGCCCAUUCAAUGGCUGCUUCAGGUAUCUACUUGCAGUGUGUCGACUUUGCCACAGAAAACAUUUUCUUUUGAAUUCGAGGAACAAGUAUUUUACAAUUCUGCUUCAAAAAAAGGAAUUCCUAAAUUGGCAAAAAGAAAAUGAGGAAGGAUAUUUGUGGCUUACUUGUCAGACACGUUCGAGGUAGACUGGAAGCCAUUUGACGAUUCAAACCAUUAUUGACCUGUUACAACAAUUUUAAAAAAGCGAUGUCUCUUAGUGGAAAAUGCAUGUUCUUAAACAAAAUAUUGGCUGUGGAAAUUCUGUUCAAAGCAAAACAAAAAAAGACAGGAACAAAGCAAACUUUUACCAAGUAAAAAAAAUUGAAGCCAAUUUGAGGCUGUUCCUUGAAAUUUUAGGAACAUUUCACAAAAAAUGCCCUGUACUCAGAUAUUUGUAUAAAAAAAAACUUUACCUUGAAAACGACUUGUGCAGCUUCAAUGACUGUGUAUUGAAUUUUGUACUAUGGGGUGUAUGCAUUUGUACGCAGUGCAUUUUUGGUUGUGAAUUGGACUGUGAUCUGAACUAUUUAAGCUGAGGAAAUGAAUGAGUGCUUCAAGUGUCACGAAUAAAUUGAUUUGAAAUGCUUAAUUUUACAAAGUAUACAAGGCCUGUUUGCAGCUGUUACUAUAGAGGUAACUUUACACUGCCAUUGCUAUGGGUUUACUUAUUCUCAUGUACUUCUAAAUAGAAUAAAGAGAAUACCUCAAAUGUUCUGUAA